CGACCUCGUGAGAAAAAAACAUAAAUAAGCGCGCUAUUAGCAAUUAUAUUGUUUCAGAAAACAUCAAACGUUAUAUACGACCGAAAUAUAGUCGUUUAUGUGUUAAAAGGGAAUAAUUUUACGCGAUAACGACGUUCCUGCAGGUAACUAGUUCUGUUGGCGGAGGCACAUUGGGGUAGGGUCGUGAUUCGUUGUUUCCAAAUGUGGCAAGCGCGGCGUAAGUUUAGGUUUGAUUGAUGGCCUGUAGGCGGAAACUCUGCGCUGUAAACUUUGUACGAUGGUCGUAAAGGACUAGUUUUGGAGGCUUGUUUUUAGAAAUCACGAGCUGUCUAAAUCGUGGCUUUCAAAGAGACCGAUAUAUCCGUCCUCAAACUCCAGACUCGUUUUGUAUGCUGAGUUGAGCUAAUGUUAUUUAGCCUAGCAUAGGUAAGGUGAGUUGGGUUUGAUCUGGGAUCUGCUCGCACCUCUGCACUAACGCACCGCCGGCGAUGUUAGGGGGAAACGGGACGGCCAGAGGGGCUGUGCGCCCCGGUAACGGCGCGGGGUUGACCCCUCUACAGGUGGGCAGCACGUCUGGGGCUCUGGGGCCGGUGAACCUGCCCGACGGGGGCAGAUACGACGACAGGCCGUCGGUGGAGGCUGUGCUGAGCGGCUCCGACGGAGACUCGGACUCCGGGGACGACGAGGAGAGCCCCGCGCUGGACAGGAGAGGGGUGAAGCGGGAGAGGAGCGAGAUGGAGGUCGGUGUGUCCUCGGGAUCUCACGCGGGACUGUCUGCGGGAUACGGAGGGGUUUCCUCCGGGGUGGCUGGGGCGAAACCGGGCAAGAAAACACGAGGACGGGUGAAGAUUAAGAUGGAGUUUAUAGACAACAAGCUGAGAAGAUACACGACCUUCAGCAAGAGAAAGACUGGCAUCAUGAAGAAGGCUUACGAAUUAUCCACCUUAACAGGGACGCAAGUUUUGCUCCUGGUUGCCAGUGAGACGGGCCACGUCUACACGUUUGCCACUCGAAAACUUCAGCCCAUGAUCACCAGUGAAACGGGUAAGGCCCUGAUCCAGACCUGCCUGAAUUCCCCUGACUCUCCACCGCGCACGGACCCUUCCACAGACCAGCGGAUGAGUGCCACGGGAUUCGAGGAGACCGACCUCACGUACCAGGUCUCCGAGGCUGACGGGCUCACAGAGCCAAAGGAGAUGAUGAAGCCGGUGUUCACGGCGGUCUCUUUAGCUGGAGGAGGCACCAGCACCAACAGCACCACCACACAGUCGUCAGCCUCGUCCUCUCCCUCCUCGUCCUCCGUCUCCAUGCACACAUCCAGCAGCAGCUGCUGGCCGCUGGCGCAGAGCGUCUCCAGUGCCAACGGGACGGUGCUCAAGAGCUCUCCGGCGGGGGUCAUGCAGCUGCCCGGAGGAUUCACACUCAUGCCAGGCGCUUCUCUUCCUCCUGGCACACACACUGUUCCUCUCAGUCAGCUGCAGACACACUCUCUGGCCGUUCAGUGUGCACAGACUCAAGCCAGCAGCAGCAGCAGCAGCUCCACCGCCGCACACACACAGGCCACGCUCUUCCGCCUGCCGGCCGCCGUCUCGCUCGCAGGUGGUGCGAUGCCUCAACAGUUACAGGCCAUCCAGGUUCACCCCAGUCCUCAGAGCAGUGACAGCAGUCCUGAGAUCAGCCAGACCUCCACCAGCUCCACCGCCAGCCACACCGCCACCAUAGUCACGUCCUCAGUGCCUUCUUCAGUGGCCGGUCACAUGAUGUACCCCGGAGCGCACGUCAUGUACGCUACGUCCUCCUCCGCCCUCGCUGACGGGGGUCUGACUGUGCUCAACACCUUCCCUCAAGCCCCCGGCACCAUGCACAUGUCCCACACACAAGGCCAAGACUCAGGUGCAGUACCCCAGAUGUUUUUCACGGGACCUCCUGGGACCGUACAGAUCCCGGUUUCAGCCGUUCCUCUGCAUUCGAUGUUAAUAAACCAGCAGCCCACGGGUAGCAGCAGUGCCACCCUCACAGAGCUGCGGGUGGUGAACCUGGACAAUCCCAAAGGAGACUGACCCGUGACGCCCGAGGCCGGUGUGACCGCUCACUCACACUGAUAAUCCAGGGAUCACUCAUGCCAUGCAAUCAGACUGCCAUUAUAUUUAUUACUGCCUUCUCGCUGCGUGGGACGUGCGUCGAUAACGUCUGAAGGAUGAUCACGUCUCCACACGGACUCGUUUGUUCACGCGCAUCUAUACUUCAGGAUUUCAUAGAGACGUGUCUGCACUAUCACUUCUGGGGCUUCGCCUGUUUUUGACGAAAGAUGUACGAUUAUGUUCGCUUUGAGUAAAUCCAAACCUCUUCGCUGUAUAAACAGCUGAAGGAGCUUCAGUUCAACCUGUCUUUCUUUUAGGAAUGCCUCUCUUGAUCGGAUUCGUAAUCCGUUUUUCUUUUGAGGUCAAAAAUGGAUUCUUUCCAGAGUUUAUGUUGGGAAAUCAGCCUCUUGGUAUAGUUUCACUGGCGGUUUCUGUGUGUUAUUUAUGUCCAACCUUCUUUCCAUUUAAAUAAAUGGUGACUGAUACGGUCGAGCUCCAAGUACCACCGUUUCAUAUAUAUUUUUUGGUGAUUUUUAGAGCUCAAUGGCACCCGUUCCCAUUUAUAAGCAUCAUCAGACUUGGAAAGACACGAGGGUGAGGAAAUCAGGAGUGAAAUUGCUCUAAAACUAAUGCUGGAUACUCUUGCACUGCCAUUAAUAUUCACUAGGGGCUUCAUGUACAGUUUCAAUUGAUCAUUUUUCUUAAAAAUACAGUUUUUUUUAGUCCAUCACUUUCUCUAUGGCCUUUGUUUUUCAAUUGAUCCUUCAACUGACCAAUCAAACGCCAAUUUUGUCCGACAAAUAAACAAACCAGACCGAGUAGAUUAACAUCGGUAGACUUACACUUGAAAAAAAGUGUAUUGAGGUCUUUCUGCGGUUGAAACGAGAGACCCUCUGAUGUUCGUUCAGGUUUAUUUUGUGCUAUAACUAGUAAAUAUGAAAGAUGUGCCGCUUGAUGUGAGGCGCUACAGCAAUCUCUCAACGACAAACUAAAGAGCCACAAAAUGGUAUUUAUGGUUUUUAAUUUCUUAAAUCCCUUAAUUUGAAAGCUGAGACUUAGUUGGGGGCAAGGAUCAAUUGCAAUUGAUAGGAUACCCUAAAAUAGUCAAAUUAUUUCUGUGCUGCUAUAAUUUGGAUUUAAACACGAUCCAUACUGCAAAAAUGUAGGAAAAUGAUUGCAUGUCAUUCCAUGUUGUAAUGCUGUGCCAAACUAUACUGUACGUAUCAAUGGCUGGAGUUGAAUCUAGCGGUCAAGAAGUCGACCUUUCUGCUUCGAGGCAUCACGUGCUUUCACUUCUUAUGAUGCUGUAAGAGAAAAACACUGACUUGCAUUUGCACUGCACGACAACAUACCGAAAACAGCGGUGCUGCGCAAUCACAGGUGAAUAAAGGAUGUGGAUUGUGCUCUCAUGGCUUCUUUAGUUUACCCAAAUAUUACAAUAUGUGCUGGAUCUGCUACUAGGUACUAGAAUGGCAUUUUUCAUUAUUAUUCUUUU